AUGGCUUCCAUUCGCGUGCUGUCGUUCGAUGCUGAGGGCCGCCCUGUGCGUUUCACCGCUUGGCUAGAUGACCUGCAGCUGUUUCUCCUGAGCGAUAGCAAGGAGCAUGUGUCGCUCUAUGACUACGCGUCUGGUGCUGCGCCUGCCCCUCCUGCCACAGCUGAGCUUAGUGUUCGUUCCCACUGGCAGACUCGUGACGCAGCUGCUCGCCUAGCCAUUCGCAGUCACCUGCCGUUAGCUGAGCUAGAGCAUUUUGGCGACUGCAAAUCCGCUAAGGCCCUGUACGACGCUGUCGUCGCUCGCUACUCCUCGCCUGCCACAGCCGAGCUUAGCCGCCUCAUGCUGCCGUACCUGUUCCCCGAUCUGUCCACCUUUACUACAGUCGCCGAUCUUAUCACCCACCUUCGCACUAGUGAUGCUCGCCUGCGUGCCGCCCUUCCCACCGAGUUCUGCGCUAAGAACCCCCCUCCACUGUACUGGACACUCCACUUCAUAGUCACCCGUCUCCCUGACACCCUCCGCUCAGUUCGAGACCACUUCCUUGCUCGCUGUCCCACUGAGCUCACAGUCGCCCUCCUAGAGGAGCACCUGCUCGCGGCCGAAAAGAGCAUUGUAGCUGUCGGUGCUGCUCGUGGCGCUCCUCGCACCCCCAUCUUUGAGGGGUGUUCUCCCUCUCCCCUCGCUCCCUCCUACGCUGCUGCUGCUGCUGUUGACUUCCUUGGUGCUGAGUCUGUUGGCGCUGCUUCUACUCCUGGUGGGAGGCGCCGCACCGGCAAGGGCAAGGGGGGCAAAAGUGGUGGUGGUGGCGCUGGUGGGGGAGGAGGUGGGGGAGGUGGGGGGGGAGGCGGUGCUGGAGGGAGCGGUGGCGGGAGCGCUGGUGGGAGUGGGGUCGGUGGUGGAGACGGGGGCGGCGGAGGGAGCAGUGGCAGUAGUGGCGGCGGCGGCGGUGGCGGCGGUGGCGGUGGUGGCGGUGGUGGCGGUGGCGGUCGGAGCGGUGGUAGUGGUGGUGGCGGAGGUCGGAGUGGAGGCACUGGCUCUGGCCAGAGCUCCCAGCAGCAGCAGCGUCCCCAGACGACCCAGCAGCUUCGUGAGUGGCUUGCUCAGCGUGGGACGUCGGGUUCAGUGGCGGACAGCGUGUGGCGAUCUGCACGUGCUCCAGGACCGGCCGUCACCUGGCCACGUUCACCCGUCGGCCGGGGUCGAGUCUCUACACACUGA